AUGUCGUCAAUAGGCCCCCAACUACCACCCCACCUCACAAAGCGGCGACGAGACAGCGACACCGACGACACCUCAUCCAACAAACACGCUCGCCGCGACGAUCCCCCCCCGAACAAGGACGAGAUAGACCUCAACGCCUCUGCUUCAUCAUCAGACUCCGAAGACGACUACGCACCGCCUAAACCACCUUCUCAACCCACCACCGCCCCUUCCACUAAUACUGCUCCCGCGCCAAAAGCAGCAGUAGUAGGCCCAACUCUCCCACCACAUCUCCUCGCCAACAACAACACCACCACCAACAAAGACGAAAUCGCCCUCGACAACUCCGACUCAGAAGACACCGGCCCAGCGCCCCCUCCUCCUCCUCCUUCUUACCCUCCCCAAACCACCGCAAACACAAACCCCGACGACUCAGAAUCCUCAGACGACGACUCCUUCGGCCCCUCCCUCCCAACAGCCGCCACCCGCCGCCAAAUCGGUCCCUCCAUGCCCCCGUCCACAGACGACGACGACGCGCCCAAGCGCGACGAAUGGAUGCUCGCCCCGCCACCUUCAUCAAACACCUUUUCCGAGCGCGACACAACCCGCAUCCGCGCCCGCAAAUUCGCCUCCAAGCCCUCCGCCGUCGCUGCAGCAAACAAUGCUUCAGCAGGAGGUCCAUCGUCGUCGUCGUCGAUAUGGACGGAAACACCCGAGGAGAAACUCCGCCGCUUGCAGGAUUCCGUGCUGGGAAGGACUUCUUCUUCGGGCGCCGCCGCCGCGCAGGCUGGCAUGUCGGAGCAGCAGCUGAAGAAGCUGCAAAGGGAUGAAGCUUUGUCGGCCAGUAUACAGGCCACACGAGGCAAGACGCUCCUCGAGGAACAUCAAGGCGGCAGCAGGAAAUCGACUUCUUCGUCCAGGGGCAAGGUGGUGAGCGCGGAAGAGGAGGAGGAGGAGGACGAUCCGAGCAAGAGGGCGUUUGAUAGGGAAAAGGACAUGGCGGUGGGGGGGAGGAUCACGGCAACGCAGAGGAGGGAGCUGAUUAACAAGUCGGCCAACUUUGGGGGCAGGUUUCAGAAGGGGUCGUUUUUAUAG